AUGACUACCCAGAUCCUACCUCAGCAGCCCACACAGAAGCCCAGGACCCCGUCCUGCUGCACCCCGUCGUCCUGCUGCACCCCGUCGUCCUGCUGCACCCCGUCGUCCUGCUGCACCCCGUCGUCCUGCUGCACCCCGUCACCCUGCUGCACCCAGUCCUGCUGCACCCCGUCGUCCUGCUGCACCCCGUCGUCCUGCUGCACCCCGUCGUCCUGCUGCACCCCGUCCUGUUGCACCCCGUCAUCCUGCUGCACCCCGUCAUCUUGCUGCACCCAGUCCUGCUGCACCCCGUCACCCUGCUGCACCCCGUCAUCUUGCUGCACCCAGUCCUGCUGCACCCCGUCACCCUGCUGCACCCCGUCACCCUGCUGCACCCAGUCCUGCUGCACACCGUCGUCCUGCUGCACCCCGUCGUCCUGCUGCACCCCGUCGUCCUGCUGCACCCCGUCGUCCUGCUGCACCCCGUCCUGCUGCACCCCGUCGUCCUGCUGCACCCCGUCCUGCUGCACCCCGUCGUCCUGCUGCACCCCGUUGUCCUGCUGCACCCCGUCGUCCUGCUGCACCCCAUCAUCCUGCUGCACCCCGUCACCCUGCUGCACCCAGUCCUGCUGCACCCCGUCGUCCUGCUGCACCCCGUCCUGCUGCACCCCGUCGUCCUGCUGCACCCCGUCCUGA